AUUGCAUUCCCAACAUUGCGGACGCCAUGCAGUUCACGGAGCUAAGCGAACUCAACCACAUGGUGGGGCUCAUGCGGCUAGCGGCCUGCAACAGCCCGACAUUCCAUGAUCGACAAGACUCGGAGGUGGAUCGGAUCUACAAUUCGUCGCCCAAAAUGGAGUCGCAGCUGCGCAAUUCGUGGAUUGAUAAGAUGACUGCCUUCAAGCCUCUGGCAUCCACCUCGUCGUCCCCCACGGGAGGCAAAAAGUCACCCAAGGGUCUACGUAAGGGAAACAGCUCCAGUAUUUCGACAGCCAACAAUGGGAUGGCGGGAGAUGACGCAACAGUCAAAACACGAGAGGGCAGAGAGAAGAGCGUGACUUCCAGCAACGUGUCAAGACGACGCACUUCUACCCAGGCUGGACGUACUGAAAAGAAGGGCAGCGCGGCUGCCAGUGUGAAGAAUGAAGACAAGGAGAACAAGGAGUCCGGAGCAGACAAGAAGAAGUUGGACGAUGGUUUUACCUUUGAGAAGGAGGAGGUCCCACCGAUCUCUUUCCACGAGUCCUCAAUGCUGGAUAAAGCCCUCAAGGGUCCAGCAGCUGGGGGUGGUGCAAGGCCGCCUAUGAUGGGGGCGGAUGGAGGCGCUGUGCUGCACCUGACGAUCUACUUGCCAACAAGAGACGAGAUGAAGAUCGAUCUGUACGACGUAUCAACAGUGGAUGAGGCUAUUCAAGAGCUAUUGCGUGUGCAUCAAGUGGAUGCUCGUCAACCAACACUGUAUUAUGGUCACCCCGAGUGCUAUGAACUUCGACUGCAUGACUCCGACGGUAUUCCAGAUGAAGAUUUUCCCGCGCUGGAUCGAUCGAGGAAGAUUAAGAACUUCGGUGAUGCUGGAGGCCACGAGUACUGCUUGUGCGAGCGUCCUGACGCGUGUCCGCCUUCGGGCGACGCUCCUGCCGAUGUUGCUGCACCUGCCGCAGCUGCAAAGCCCAGCGCUGCGGCUACCAAGGCCCCUCUGCCAAACGACAAGGCUUUCCUCAAGAUAUUUAUGCCGAAGAGCGACGACUACACGGUGGUGGCAAUUGACGGCACGACCGUGGGCCAAGACUUGCUUCCUACACUCAACAAAAAGCAUCGACUCCAGCUCUUCCAAGAGCUUUAUGUGCUUAAGAUCAGCGAAGCAGACCGCGAACGAUUGGACCUUGCCAGCGAUGAGAUCGAUAUGCACACCAAGCUGCGCCCACUUAAUCUCCACGAAGUUACACUCGCCACGAAAAUCUUCGCCGAUGCUCCCCAGAUCUCCGCUCCAGCUCCGUCCGCCGUGGAGGAAACCGCAAAUGUCGACAGUCGUUCCCGUCCUCCUCCCGAGACGUUUAUGUUCAACGAUGUUACAGCAGCCAUGUUCAAGGAAUGGCACGUUAUCAAGAAGAACAAAUACGGCAAGAAGCAGCAGCGUAUGCUGGGUAUCGAUCUCAACAAGAUCUACAACCGCAAAGUGGGAGAGCGCGUCAUCACAUCGAGCAAGUCCACAAAGAUUGCGGAGAGACCGAUGUCUGGUGUGGUGUGGGUUCGCUUCAACCAAGAUCCAUCCGAAUUCCAGAUCUACUUUAAAGACAGCAUCGAGGAGAUCAUCACAGACUACACUGCAGACUCGCCCUACGAAUGCGCCGAGAUCGUCGCCAAGCUCAAGUACAUUCUUUCGCGUCGGAAAUGA